CGCAGCAGUGGCAAAGGGCCACCUCAGCCUUCAAUUUCUUUUCAUGGCAUCUAUGCAAACAUGCGAAUGGUUCACAUUCUCACGUCUGUUGUUGGAUCAAAAUGUGAAGUACAAGUGAAAAACGGAAAUAUAUAUGAAGGAGUUUUUAAAACUUACAGUCCUAAGUGUGAUUUAGUGCUUGAUGCAGCUCAUAGAAAAACUGCAGAAUCCAGUCUGGGGCCAAAACGAGAAGACAUAAUAGAAAGUAUCCUGUUCAAGUCCUCAGAUUUUGUUAUGGUGCAAUUCAAAGACAUGGAUUCCAGUUAUGCCCGGAGAGUUCCUUCAGAAACAGAUGCUUUUACAGAUUCUGCAAUCAGUGCUAAAGUGAAUGGUGAGCACAAAGAGAAGGAUCUUGAACCUUGGGAUGGUGGAGAAGCUUCCACUGCAGAGGACCUUGAAGCAUUAGAAACCGAUGUUUCUAAUGGAUGGGAUCCCAAUGACAUGUUUCGAUACAACGAAGAAAACUACGGCGUAGUGUCGACUUAUGACAGCAGUUUAUCUUCAUAUACGGUGCCCUUAGAAAGGGAUAACUCAGAAGAGUUUUUAAAGCGGGAAGCCAGAGCAACGCAGUUAGCAGAAGAAAUUGAAUCAAGUGCUCAAUACAAAGCUAGAGCUGCUCUGGAAAACGAUGACCGGUCCGAGGAAGAAAAAUACACAGCUGUCCAGAGAAACGCGAAUGAGCGAGAGGGCCAUAGUGUGACAAGCAGGGAGACCAAGUACAUUCCACCUGGACAACGGAGUAGAGAGACCCUGUCCUGGACACCUGGAAGGCAGAAUUCCCCAAGGAUGGGCCAAUCGGGAUCAGGGCCCCCCAUUUCAAGGUCCGGGUCUCACUCAUCGGACUACAGUUCUAGUUCUGGAGCAGACCAAAGAGUAGUCAAUGGAGGUGUUCCCUCCUGGCCAUCGCCUUGCCCAUCUCCUUCCUCUCGCCCACCUUCUCGCUACCAGUCAGCUCCCAACUCUCUUCCACCUCGGGCAGCCACCCCUACAAGGCGGCCCUCCAGGCCCCCGUCUCACCCCUCUGCUCAUGGCUCUCCAGCGCCUGUCUCUACUAUGCCUAAACGCAUGUCUUCAGAAGGCCCUCCACGGAUGUCUCCUAAGGCACAAAGGCACCCUCGAGGGCACAGAGUCUCUACGGGUAGGGGUACAAUUUCAAGUGGCUUAGAAUUUGUCUCUCACAAUGUGCCCGGGGAAGCUGCUGCUCCUGCGUCAACAAGAGGCAGCCCUUCAGGCGGGACGUGGUCGUCAGUCGUCAGCGGAGCUCCUAGGUUAUCUCCUAAAGCACACAGACCUCGGUCUCCACGGCAAAGCAGUAUUGGAGGUGUGCCCUCUGGGCCAGCCCUCUCCUCUCCCCAAACUGGCUCUACUCCGGCAGAGUCUGUAGCCUCUCCUGUCCCGGCUGCUUCUCCUACCCCUGCCAGUCCUGCAUCCAAUCAAGCAGAUACCCCGUCUGGUGAAGCUAAAGAUUCCAGGCUUCAAGAUCAGAGGCAGAAUUCUUCUCCUGCCGGAAACAAAGAAAACCUGAAGCCAAGUGAAAUGUCUCCUAAUUUUAGCAAACCUGAAUGCAAAGGGGUGUCUCCAGCUGUUUUAGAACAUAGAAAACAGAUUGAUGAUUUAAAGAAAUUCAAGAAUGACUUUAGGUUACAACCAAGUUCCACGCCAGAAACGGUGGAACAGCUGCUAAGCAAAAACAGAGACAAUGAGAAACCGAGGGAGGCACCCAAGGAGAAGGCCGAUUUGAGCUGCAAAGACUCCCUCGCUGAAACCAGCAGCAAUGCUGCCUCCAACAGUGGCAGCAGCAAGGCCAACAGCCCCAGCAUGUCGCCCACUGGCAGCACCCUGGAGCAGAAGCGAGGGCCGGAGGUGACUUCUCAGGGGGUGCAGACCUCCGGCCCGGGAGCCAAGCAAGAGAAGGAGGAGAAAGAAGAGAAGAAAGACACCACAGAACAAGUUAGAAAAUCCACACUGAACCCUAAUGCAAAGGAGUUCAAUCCUCGGUCAUUUGCUCAGCCCAAGCCUUCUACCACCCCGACGUCGCCCCGUCCGCAAGCCCAGCCCAGCCCUUCCAUGGUGGGCCAUCAGCAGCCCACUCCAGUGUACACUCAGCCUGUUUGUUUUGCACCAAAUAUGAUGUAUCCUGUUCCCGUCAGCCCAGGCGUUCAGCCCCUGUAUCCUAUUCCCAUGACUCCCAUGCCAGUCAACCAGGCCAAGACCUAUAGAGCAGGUAAAGUAUCGAACAUGCCCCAGCAGCGGCAAGACCAGCACCAUCAGAACGCCAUGAUGCACCCGGCCUCUGCCGCUGGCGCUCCCAUCGUAGCCACGCCGCCGGCUUACUCAACGCAGUACGUCACCUACAGCCCCCAGCAGUUCCCCAAUCAGCCUCUAGUUCAGCACGUGCCACAUUAUCAGUCUCAGCACCCCCACGUCUACAGCCCCGUAAUACAGGGUAACGCUCGGAUGAUGGCACCACCAACGCACCCCCAGCCCGGCUUGGUUUCUUCCACAGCUACGCAGUAUGGUGCCCAUGAGCAGACGCACACGAUGUAUGCAUGCCCCAAAAUACCCUACAGCAAGGAGACAGGCCCUUCUUUCUACUUUGCCAUCUCUACUGGCUCUCUUGCACAGCAGUAUGCCCAUCCCAGUGCCACUCUGCACCCACAUCCGCCACACCCGCAGCCUUCUGCCACACCGACGGGGCAGCAGCAGAACCAACAUGGGGGCAGCCAUCCAGCUCCCAGCCCAGUGCAGCCGCAUCAACACCAGGCCGCCCAGGCCCUCCACCUGACAAAUGCACAGCAGCAAUCGGCAAUCUACCAUACCGGACUCGCGCCAACCCCUCCUUCCAUGACCCCCGGCUCGAACGCACAGUCUCCGCAGAGCAGCUUCCCGACGGCACAGCAGACAGUCUUCGCCAUCCAUCCUUCCCACGUCCAGCCUGCCUACACCAACCCACCGCACAUGGCCCACGUCCCCCAGGCCCAUGUGCAGUCCGGGAUGGCUCCGUCUCACCCAACUGCCCAUGCUCCGAUGAUGCUCAUGACGACCCAGCCGCCGCCCGGUGGAGCCCAAGCCGCCAUUGCGCAGAGUGCCCUACAGCACAUUCCAGUUUCGACAGCAACACACUUUCCCUAUAUGGCGCACCCUUCAGUACAAACCCACCAUCAACAGCAGCUGUAAAGCUGACCUGCAGUAACUGUGAGGCUGGAUCCCGUUUUCUUUUUUUUAGGCCAAAUACCUUCCUUCUCCUGCUUCUACCGACUCCGGAAGCACAGAAACAAAACGAAACAAAAUGGGGGAAAAAUUCUAGUAUUUCACUUAUUUUUGUUGGGGGGGGAAUUCUCAUAACAGCUGAUAGGAAUGCUAACAGUUCACCUUGCAGUGGGAGAGAUUUGGACUGAGAAUAAGGCAUGUAAAAACCUUGUGGGACAAUUCCAUAAUUCCAUGUGUUGUGUCAAAAAAGCCCCCCCCACCUUGCCCCGGUUCCGCUUGCAGGAAAAAAAAAAACUGGAAAAGCUAUUUAUUUUUUAAAACAACCCUUCAGAGUUAUAAAUUCAUCCGCUAGAGAAAGAAGUAACGAGAGUGAUUCUUGCUGCUAUUCUCACUAAAAAGAAAUCAAGAGAAAAAUCCCUUUUACUUCU